AUGGCUCACCAGGAAAAGUCGGAUGGACUGGAGACUCGGCCUGAGACUCAACAAGUGAUUGCUCUGCCGGGCACCCAAUUCGAGUUCAAGUUCGAGGUCCCCGAUUAUCCAGAUUCCGACUCUGACGAUGGAGCUUCAAUCACAUCGUUGAAGGCCAGUAUCCUUGAUUACCGCCGGGAAAAUGGGCGCACCUACCACCGUUUCAGUGACGGCCACUAUGCCCUUCCGAAUGAUGAUCUUGAGCAAGAGCGCCUGGACAUCGCAAACCACCUGUGGACCUUGGUCUGGGACGGCGAGCCAUGCCUAUGCCCAAAAAAAGACGGCGCUAAGCGUGUCCUUGACAUCGGUACAGGAACGGGGAUAUGGGCUCUAGAUUACGCCGAUGAGCACCCCGACUCGACGGUUAUCGGGGUGGAUUUGAGCCCCAUUCAGCCCGACUAUGUCCCGCUGAAUUGCGUUUUCGAAGUUGACGACCUUGAGAGAGAAUGGGCGUGGUCUGAGCCAUUUGACUUCAUCUUUUCUCGCAAUAUGCUUGGCAGUUUUCAUAGUUGGGAGUGGAUUGUUAGCCAAGCCUUCGAUAAUCUGGAGCCAGGCGGGUACUUCGAAAUCCAUGAUAACCUCUAUCCUAUAGAGUGCGAUGACGGCACGCUGACGGAGGACAUGGCGCUUUUCAAAUGGUCGGCGCUUCUUGUUGAGGCCGUAGAGAAGAUGGGACGUUCUCUUACCGUCACGUCUAACCUGUCCCAAAUCCUUGAGGAUGUAGGAUUUGAGGACGUGACUGUGACGAAGCAGAAAAUGCCUGUCUCACCGUGGCCCAGGGAUCACAGGCUACAAGAACUAGGGAACUGGACACAGGCAUCACUGCUGCCUGGCAUUGAGGGCAUGGCCAUGGCACUUUUUACCCGUGUUCUUGGCUGGACGCCCGCAGAGGUUCUUGUGUUCUGUGCCCAAGUCAGACGAGAUGUAAAGAACCUGGGUAUUCAUGCAUAUUGGUAUGGAUAUUCUAUCUAUGGAAGAAAGCCGAUGCUCAAGAAGGAGGUUCGAAAAGAUGCACCUAAAGAGAUGCCACAGAACAACCCAGAGGAAAUACCGGAAGCAGAACCAGAGGAUUUGACAAAAACGGACACAACAGAAUGA